AUGGAAGGAGUGACUGAGCAAGGCACUGUCCUACAGACUCGUGUAGUGGACUCCAGCGACGUAAUAGACUAUGCUUCACACAUUGAACCUGAUCAAGUUAAAGUGCGGAGUAAAGGCACAAUUCAGUACAAGGCAGGUGUUCCCCAGAAAGCCAGUGGCUCAUCCUCUUUCUCCAUACUGACUGAGGUACAUGUACCUCCUGGGAAGGAUGUUGAAGCAGAUUUCCUUGAAGCUGACACUGACUCUGAUAGGAGGAAGAAGAGGCAGGCCUACAAUGAAGCUCGGAGGCCAGACCCAACCUAUGAUGAAAACAGCAAAAUGAACCACUUUGAGGCUUCAGGUUCUUUCUCUUUGACUCAAGUUAGACAGGAGAGGAUUGCUAAGAGCAAGAGGGAUGCUGUAGAUUUUCUCUCUCUCCCUGAAGCAGUACAGAGCUCCCUUAUGGCUGUAAUCAACCACACUCAUGCUGACCUGGAGCAUAUUGUGGAGAUCCGCUCUGAACUUGGAAGCAUCACUGAUGCUCUUCGGGAACUUCAUAAUGACAUUGAGCACGAUGAGGAAGGAAUAGCACAAAAAAUUGGAGAACUCCUGGAAUUAGAGGAAACAUACGGACCUCAGGGUGGACAGAAAAAACCUGCCAUUGAAAGCGUUCUUGGCUUCUUGAAAAAGCUGGGCAGUUCAGAGGAUUCCGUCGAUGUUGAAAUGAGAGACCGGAUUUACUCCAUGCUUGCACCUGCAGGAAGUCAGCAAUCACAACAGGCUCUACUUGAAGCCCUGGAAAAAGCAAAGAGUGAAGAGGAACACCUCAGUGUCGUUAUGUACAUUGCAUUUGUGCGCAACCCCCACCUACAGCUUAUUACUGAGAUAGAAAACCACAUUGGUGCAGACGUGCACUCAAAUGACCCACUUUUGCUGGCCUACGGCUGCCUGAUUCCUAGAGCAUCCCCUGAGCUUCAACAGCACAUGACUCAGUUUCUUUUACAGCGCCUCCAACAGGCUGGGAUCAAUGAACAAUCUUUGGUCCACCACCUUCACUCCCUAGGCAAUGCUGGAUCACCAAAAUCAGCAGAAGCAAUUACGACCUACCUCAAGCAUCCAAGCACAAAUGUCCAGCUGACCACUAUCAGUGCUCUGCGAUAUCUGCUCAAUGAAACUCUUGUACAAGAGGCUCUGACAGAACUGCUUCUUCGACCUGACAUCACUGAAGAUCACAUAGACAGCUUUAUGAGCUCACUCAAGUAUGGGCUUGAGCAUGCAAGAGAAAAUCAUGUUGAAAAACCAUUCAAUAGCAACCUGGCAUCUGCUCUUGUCCUUGCUGCAAUUGAAAACACCGAGGGACAGUUUGAUUCUUCAAUCCUACACUACCUUUCAGCUGUAGACACCCACGAAUCACAUCAGUUGGCUGAGGUAUUGCAGAGUGUCCCACACUCAAACGGUACACGACUUCGAAGAGGCACCAACUGGGCUGAUAAGAACAAAGUGUAUGACCUAGUUGAGCCAUUAAAAGUGCGAAUGGAUGACCAGAGGCUGUAUCGCUACAGUAAGAACUACAUAUGGGGAAAAAAGAUGGGAGUGAGUGAUGGAAAUAUUCAAGUAGCUGCUGGGGGAUUUAUGGGUGUCAGUGAAGCCGGUGACUACAAACUGUUUGGCCAUGCAGUGAUUGAAGCUAAUGCAUUUGGCCGUCGCUACAGAGCCCUUGACUUAAAAAUACUUCGACAAAAGAGCCGAAAGAACACUCAUUCCGUUCUCUACAUUAUGGUGGCUGGUAAGACUCUUAAGAAUAUAGAUGUAUGGGAGCCAAGCUCAGUGUGUAAGAAAUACACAACUACAUUGAGGAAAAUGAAAUCAUUUCCAAUCUUUCGUCUCACUCACUCUCUUUACAUCUACGUGGGUGUACUGAAAUUUAGAGUAACUGGAAACAUUCAGUUUUCGAAUCAGGCUUUUGUGAAGUUCUGUGAGAAUCGGGGGAGUAGCACAGCUAGUGCAGGACUCACACCAACUGCAACCUUCAAGAUAGGAGCCAAAGCUUCCGCAAAUAUUCUCAGUCUAGCAAAAGGCCACAUUGAUGUUGUAGGAUCCUUCAACUAUGUAAUCAGUCCAGAACUCUCCACAACAGUUUGCUAUAAGUAUGGCAGAAUCACGGUGCGGAACUGUGGUGGCAUUUACCACCAGUGGAAAAACAACAGUGUAAAGCUGAAAGUCAGCUACCAGACUCUUGCUUGCUGGGGG